AUGAACCAAAGCCCCGCAGCUGAUGAAUUACAGUCGUCCGCGCCAUCUUCUCACUACACCAAAACAUCUGUGCCAAGGCCCUACCUCCAAACCAAAAGACAUUCAUACAGCAAGCCGAGACCAGCACCCUACUUGGGACGACGAGAACUGAACAAAAAACAGAAAAACCACAUACGAUCAAAACGCGAAGAAGGAGACGGAAAGAACGAAUUAACAUAUCAAACUUGCUGCGCCAAGAAGUCAUUCAUUUUCCGAAGAGAGGGGGGUGGGGGGAACUGUUUCCUGAAUGUCAUAAAAGGAGUUAGCACAGCAUCAUCCCAAACGAAGAACAACACCCAAGGGACCAUCGCCACGGACGAACUUCCCAAACGCCAAUUAAAGAAAACCGUACAACCCGCGUUCAAGAAGUUCUUCGUUGCCGUCAGUUGCCAUGCCAAACAGAAGCAGAUCGAUCUCAAAAAGUUGAACCGGUGCGGUGGACUUCGGAUGAAGAUUAUGAAAGGGACCAUCGCUGAGAAGCCUCGAAGUCAGAAAAAACACACAGAUUUGAGAGGGACGGAUCUAAAGAAACAAAGAGAUUACGAAGGCCAUGCCAUGUUCAAGACGUUCUCUUGUACCGUACAAAUCCUGAAAAGCCGUUCGCUCCGCCAUCCGCAAGACUGA